AUGCUCCUCUUCUGUCCCGAGUGCUUCCAGCUCCCGGAUCCACGCGUCGCGUCCAUCCCGACCAGCAGCGGACAGCCGAUCCAGGGUCCGGAGCUGUUCGGUUUCGUCUUCGGAGCCGCGCAACAAGCCACGACGGCCAAGAUCUGGGCCCGGGCGCAACAGCACCUGGCCACCUACUCGGCGGAGCGCCUCUCCAUCUUCGCGGUGGGGACCGCCCAUUCGCCGCCGGAGAUGAUGCUCCUGAUCGGCAUCCAGCGACGUCUCAUCUGCGACUUCUGGCGCCGUCUGGACACGCCCGCGGCGCUGGGCACCGCCGAGCGCGCGCUGAUCCUGCAGCUCCAGAAGGCCAUCGAGCACGCCGACAUGCGCUUCCACAUCUGGCGGGCCGAGAGAGCCAGAGAGCGAGCCGAGCGGGAGCGCUUCCGCUCUGCCAUCGCGCAUGUCGCUGGGCUCGGGGAUCUCAAGCCCGGGGAGGAGCGCGACUGUGCCAUCUGCAAGACGGAUCUGUGGAGCGGGGGCGGCGAAGAGGGUGAGCAGCCCGUCCGGCUCAACGUCUGCCAACAUCUCUUUGGAGAAAAGUGCAUCUUGGAUUGGCUCCAGCUAGCUGGCAACUGCCCCUUGUGUCGACGAACCGUGGACCCCGGAGCCCCUGUUCCUGCUCCUGCGCUGCCGCUGAGCGAUUCUGCCGACGAGGACGACGAGGACGCCCACAACCUGUUCAACUUCUCAACGAACAUGCAGAUGUCGGUGGAAGAGAUGCGGCUCCUACUCGGCCAGCCUUCUUAUUUCUCGCCUGCUAAUCCUCCCCCCAGCCACGCCGUUCACGGCGGAGAGGGCGCGCGGGGGGACGACGAUGACGAUGACGACGACGGCGACGACGAAGCUGACGAGUUAGAAGACCUCCCCGCCAUGCCGCUGUGGAUGCGGAUCCUGCUCAGCACCAGGGCCAAGCGAGAUCUCGAGUUCCUGUUCAUGGUCGACAUGCCUCACCAUGAGGUGCAGGCGAAUUUCGCGGCGAGCCUCAGACCGGCGAAUAGGGGGGAGCCGGGGGGCGCGCUCUGUCCGAUCAGCAGGUCGACCUUGCGCUUCAUCUUCGAGGGUUUCCCCUAUGCGUUUCCCGUAUCUCGUUCCUGA